AUGAUGAAAAUAUGGUCCAUGGUAGUUUCCGCUGUUUUGAAAAAGAAGCAGCAGCAGCAGGACGAAGCGGCAGCUGCUGCCUCGAGCAAGAAGAAGAAGGUCACCCCAGCUCAGCUGCGCACACAGAAAGGUACUGCAUCCCCUAGUUUGCCGAAAGUAUUUGUCCACGCGCAAAAGCUAAUGCGACCGACCAUAGAUCUCGAAGAGCUAUCCCUCGGCACAACAAUGAAGACGCACUUCCCCAACCCUGACGAUAUCCUCAACUUCGAGCUCACAAUCGACCCAGACGAGGGCAUGUACAAGGGCGGACGCUUCAGGUUCGACUUCAAGAUCAACCAGAACUUCCCACACGACCCGCCAAAAGUCAAAUGCACACAGAAGAUUUACCACCCGAACAUCGACCUCGAGGGAAACGUCUGUUUGAACAUUCUACGAGAGGAUUGGAAGCCGGUACUGAACCUGAACGCGGUUGUUGUUGGGUUACAGUUCCUCUUCCUCGAGCCAAACGCGUCCGACCCGUUGAACAAGGAAGCCGCCGAGGAUCUCAAGCAGAAUCGGGAGGGUUUCAAGCGCAAUGUGCGCGCAUCGCUCGGCGGUGGUACAGUCAAGGGCCAGAGCUUUGAUCGCGUGCUCAAAUGA